AUGUAUUCAUUUUAUGCAAGGUCUCAAUACCCCAAGAUCUUGUAUGAAUUGGGUUAUUUUGAAUUGGCUGGGCUCACAUUAUACAGUGUCACAAAUUACUCGACAAAAACAGCAACACUGACGCUGGAACACAACCACCCACUAGGAAAUACAAUCAAAGCCCAAGUAGAUGUCAAUCUUCUUGUUACUACAUUGAAAUCAAACGAGACUCAAAUAGGAGAAUGGGUCAAUGUAAUGGGCUACAUCACAGGUGGUCAGAAACAUAAAGUCGGCGGCGAACAGAAUGUGGAGAUUGGUGUCCAGGCACUGGUAUUGUGGUCUGCUGGACCAAUAAACCUUGCGGGGUACGAAAAGAGUCUCGAUGAGAAAGCGGUCGAUGAGCAGACAGCCCGGAAAGAGCCUAAAGAUUGCUAG